AUGCCGGAGGAGGCAAAAGUAGACUAUCUUUUUAGGGGACUGAAGCCCACCUUGUUGGAGAAGAUUUGGAUAGUUAGCCCCAAAACGUCCGCAGAGUUUUUGGCAGCCCUAAAAUUGCACUCCGAGGCCUCGGAAUUAGCUAAUCGACCCGACUGGGCCAUUAGCGUCCUGGGCGCUGCGAAGGGUGGGGCACCAUCUAAGCAGGAUACGAAAGACGAGUUACGCGACUUAGUUCUUGAGUUAAAGGCGGAACUCGCUGAAUUGAAGCGGGCAGCUAAAUCCUCGGGGACCACUACUAAGCGAGAGGGGGCGAGGUCUCCCCAGGGUUCCGUCUCCUUCGCGUCACGCACGCCGGAUGGGAAGCCGAUUUGCCAUAGGUGUGGGAAAGCAGGUCACAUCGCUCGCUAUUGUAUGGCGGAGAAGGUGAAUGACAAAAAGAAGGAGCCGGCACGCAAGCAGCCGGAUGGGGGACGCGAUGACCCGCAGGAGGAUAGAAAGGGGAGCCGGAAGGACGACCGAAGAGACGGGUCGCGAACAGAUGGGCAAACCGUGAGAAGAAGGUCGAAAGUCGCGAAGCCCGAGACAGCGAUAGCAUGA